AUGAUGACUACUGACUCCUCUGCCAAGUCCGUGACUUUUGCCGACGUGGUGGCCUCGAUGCGUCGUGCCGAGAAGCUGGGCGCCUACUUCCUCAUUAACGCCGAAUGGGACGAGAUUCUGCGUGACGGCGCCGCGGCCCCGUCGCUCGACACCGGCUCGCAGACCCCCAUCGAGCCCAUCUUUUCCCCUGCCCCCUCCCGCCUGUGCAUCCAGUGCAACCCGUCGGUCAACUCGCUGCCCCCGUCCAGCUCCCUCACCCAAGUGAGCGUCGACUUCUCGCGGCUGUUCGCCCGCUCGUCGUCGUCGAUCCUGUCCGCCGUGUUCCCCCUGUCGGAGACGUGCCUGCGCCAGGCGUCCGAGGUGCAGAGCAUCGACCAGGCCCCCGCCACCACCCAGUGCCAGUGCAGCACCUGUGACUACGUCAGGGUCUACCUGGCGGCUUACAGCGCCCAGACCAAGGUCGAGACGCUCGCCGAGUCCGAGCCAUCCACCAUCAAGGCCUCGGCUUCUGCCUCGUGCGACGACCUGGUGGCCGCUGCCGAGCCCUCGUUCGCCCUCUUCUCCUCGUCGCUGAACACCGACUCGCUGUGCUCGUGCAUCGGCCAGCAGCGCCCGGCCCCGGAGCUCACCUACUCGCCCGUGCUCAUCGAUGAGUCUGGCGAGCUGGAGGCGCCUUUCGGUGGCCAAUGGAACGAUGUGGUGCGGUUGCCCACCCCGGUGCCCUCGGCCAAGGCCGUCAUCCCCAUGCUCCCCGCCCCCAAGCCUGCCGAUCCGAGCGUCGAGGGCCGCGAGCCCGUCGCUCCCGUCUCCCCGGUCGACCCGAACACGAUGCAGCUGAGCGAGAAGGCCGUGCUCUGGCUCUCCUUCCGCGCCAUCUGCGACGCCGCCCUCAACGACAUCGAGGGCAAGCUGCGCGGGAUGAAGCUGGCCGGCCAGCAG